AGAUGACGGAAGUAGUAAUAGAAGAAGAAUAAGAAGAAGAAGAAGAAGAAGAAGACGACGACGACGAAGAAGAAGAAGAACUGUGACCUGUGAACUGGAAGUUCUUUCAUUUUGGCCGAAGAACGAAAAUUGUCUGCUUAUUUUUCCUGUAAAGUCAGUCUGAGGACCAAAACCAUGAAACGAACUCUAAUGUCUGGCCAGAAAUAAGUCGUGCCGCAAACCAAGAGACAGGAAAAAUAUCUGUUCAGCAUUUAUCGUGUAGUCGAUCAAAACAAUUAAACGAAAUCGUUUUCUGACCUGAAAGAAGCUUUGCUGUGCUGUUAGCACUGGGAGGCUAACUUCGCUUUAGCUGCCUAACGUUACCGAACUGUGAUUGUGUCGGACUCGUCAGGAAUAUCCAUAAGGACAGGAGUUUAUCAGCUGGAGCGGAGGAAGACAGCUGGAGUUGCAGGGAUUCAAGCAUCCCUUUUCAUCAUCGGGUCCUGAGAUGACAUCACAGCAGCCACAGCUUCCCAAUGCUGUUAUUCCUCCCCAGCUUGCCCAGAACUCCUCUGCUCAGCAGGCCCGGCCUCACAUUCAGGACAAUCAGCUGGACUCGAGUCAGAGCAGUGCAACUGCUGGGGCUCUGGAUCCCAGAUCUCUGACAGGCAGGCCGGGCACCUCCGCUGUGGCAGCAGCCAGUGGGGAAGUGGCCAACAGAAACGUCUCUGCCUCCUGCACCAACUCAAGCUUGUCCAGAAGAGAUGGGGGCUUUGAGCCGUGGCCUGAGGAAGCAGUGGACAACUCCCAUGGGCUAUACUCUCUUCACCGCAUGUUUGACAUAGUUGGAGCCCAGCUAACCCAUCGGGAUGUCAGGGUACUGUCAUUCCUGUUUGUUGACGUGAUUGAUGAGUAUGAGCGUGGCGGCAUCAGGAGUGGAAGGGAUUUCCUGCUGGCACUAGAGCGCCAGGGUCGCUGUGAUGAGACUAACUUUCGACACGUUCUCCAGCUUUUAAGGAUUAUCACCCGCCAUGACCUAUUGCCUUAUGUCACACUCAGAAAACGGCAGGCUGUGUGCCCAGAUCCUGUUGACAAGUACCUGGAAGAGACAUCAGUGCGCUACAUUUCCCCAAGAGGAGCAGUGCGGAGCAAGGAUACUGCACCUCACAGAAGAACAGGUCCUCACCCAGUCAUUUGCUGUUCUCCGUCAGGACCCCAUGUUGGCCCUCCCCGAACAAAGCCAGCUCCUCCUGUAACAAACUGCAAACGGAGGAGAAGUCAUUCCUCAGCUGACUGCAGAGAGAAGCAAACAUGUGAUAUCCGCCUCCGGGUUCGUGCUGAGUACUGCCAGCAUGAGUCUGCGCUUCAGGGUAACGUCUUCUCCAACAAGCAAGAGGCAGUGGAGCGACAAUUUGAGCGCUUCAACCAGGCAAACACUAUCCUCAAAUCCCGAGACUUGGGCUCCAUCAUCUGUGACAUCAAGUUCUCUGAGCUCACCUACUUGGAUGCCUUCUGGAGGGACUACAUCAAUGGAUCAUUGCUAGAGGCCCUUAAAGGGGUCUUUAUCACAGAUUCCUUAAAACAGGCUGUGGGCCAUGAAGCUAUAAAACUGUUGGUCAAUGUUGAUGAGGAGGACUACCAGGCUGGUCGACGCAAACUGCUACGUAAUUUGGUCACAAGUGGAGGGAGUCCACCUGGAGCUAGCAAAGACUCUGUAUCUUAGACACUCUCCAGGUGGUAGCAUAAGAGAGAAAUGCUGCCGUGCUUUCCCCACAGGGAAUAGAGUGAGAUGUGGUUGUGUCAUUUGAGGUGCCUGAAGUGUGUGCCUGAAAGGAACUGAAGGACUUCCAGCCACCGCAUUAAUUCCUACUGAGCUAAGGUCAUAGGAUAUCUACUUGGCACCCCUAAGCAUAGCAUGUGAGGUGAUUGGGAACUAUGUUAGCAAAAAGAAGAAGGUGUAUACAGUUUGACAUUAUUUUGAAUGUUAAGCUGUUCAUUUUCUUCAAGGAGGAGAAUGCUGAUUCAUUCUUUCAUUGAAUUUAACAAAUUUCUUGUUUCUGGUAUGUUUUCAUUGAAGCAUUGAGCUCAUUGAAACACACUGUUACUCUAAAGAUAGAUGAUCUUCACAACCUGUCCAGUUCUUUUCAAUACAACAAAGUUACUCCCAGUGGGAGUUGUACCUUACUGUCAAACUGUUUUUUCAGGUACAUUACAGAUUGAUUGGAUAAACCCAAUGAGAGAGUGUUCUGUAUGUUAUAUAAAGGCACAGACUGUAGGAGUUAAAAUUAGUUUUUAUAUUUCUUUCAGCGUAUUAUCCUACUUACCCCACACUUUCCAGAAUUUCCUUGUCUGUAAAGAUGGACCCUUUCAGAGCCUUUUUUUAUUGGCUCAUAUUUGUUCACUGUCAAUGUUGUGUCUCUGCUUUGUUUUAACAAAUUCUUUGUUUUACAACAUGGCUUGUUACCAGCAGCUGUGAUUCUGGCCUAAUGUGAAAUUCCAAUUGUCCAGUCACUGCCAAUAUUUAAACUUUGGGGAUCAUUUUAAUGUGUUGAAUACUAUCCAAUGAAACAUUGAGUCAUUCACUGGUGUUUUAGAUUUGUUUGGAUUUGCAAAUUAGGGCCAGUUUCAUUGUCAGCCUGUAACUCUGCUUACUCAUCGUCUCACUCAUGAUAUAACACUUAACAUUUUUAAAAUUUGAAAUGACCCUUAAUAGCUAAUUAACAGCAGUUGAAAAUCAUAGACAGUGUGUGUAGAGUUAUCUCAGUUGUGCAGAUAGUAAGAUGCAAGAUCAAAUUUAAAUAAUUCACAGUUAAGAUAUUUCACCCAGUUGUUGUUGGACUUGCACAUUAAAUCCUCUGCAGUCUUCUCUGUGGACUUGUUAUGCCUCUGGUGAAUGAGGAUGUAGUUGAGUCCACAUGCUCAGUGUUACAAUCACUUUCUUAUCCAGUCACUUGACACCCAGUUGGACAUGUUAGACAAACUAGGCGUCCUGGUGUCCUCAGUUCCAUCCUUCUCCUUCAUGGGGUGGCAUUUCCACACAUUCACCAACCAAACUGGGGUUCUUUUUAUUAAGGUUUUGAUGCAGAAAAAACUAACUGUGCAGGUCAACAUAAUAGUAAGGUAUAUAGCAUGUUAAUCUUCUACAAUUAAGUGCGCAGAUCUAGAACAAUUAUAAGCUUAUAGUGGAAGAAUACCACUUUUACAGUGUUGUCAGAAAUGCUAAUUAACCAAAUGUAAAUUUAUAUUCAUUUCUUUUUGGUAUAUGGAAUGAGGUGGAUUAACAGAAGACAUUAUUUGGUGGGUGCCUGUGACAAACCCGUGUUGACAGUAUUACUGAUGAUAACUUUAAUGCAGUCCUAAAAUACAUUCAGUGGCCUCUUUAUUAGGCACACCUUUUUAGUUCUGAGAAGGCUCCCUAAAGAGGGGAUUGGGGAUGAUGGCCUCACACAGUUAAUGCAGAUUUUGUGGCUGCACAUUCGUGCUGCAAAUCUAGCUAUUGCGCCUCAGAUUACAGGAGCUGUACUCAGCUAAACAGGAUGCAGGAUUUCAACAAGGCUGGUGAUAUAAAACCACAACUGAUCUGUAAUCAUGUUUAGCUUCAGGAGAUCAGUCGCUGGUACACAUCCAUCCCAUACAGCUUAUUUUUGAGUAGCUUCAACCUUUCCGUUUAUUAGCAUUGCAAUGUAAGCCAGAUUCAGAAAUUGUGCACAUUAAAAGUUCCUGACAUACCCAGACAAGAGUCUGCCCUUGUGUGCCCUUGAGCCUCCUGUGGCCAACAGUCACCCUUAUCAACAGCUAAUUAAUCAUGUAUUAUUAGAUGUUGAUAAUAGAUGAUGCCAGUGAGAGCGCUGCCCAACUGGCAGUUCACGUGAGUCAAUAACUACAAUAACCCAUUUAGUGCAGUUUUUUCCUUUUGCCAUUUGUUUUCUUGUCACAGUGGAAAAACAUUGCUGAUUGACCGUGCCAGUACAGUGAAAAACUUCUCAGUUCCAGUUGCAAUUUUUUUGGUAGACUUGUUUGUUCUGUAAUACUUUGUGGAUUAGAAAUACAGACUACAACUGCCGGCCUAUUCAUUUUGCAAGUGCAGAACUUCCAUGCAUGUAACUGACUGUAGGCUGUAGUUUCUGUUCUGUGUUGAAGUGCAACUAUUCACAAAAAAUGUGAGUGGUCAACCAACUUUUAACACACCCAACAAAAGUGACAGUAUUAGACAAUCCUGCAAAAUCCUGGAUUAUAUUUACGACAACAUCCUUCAAAUUCUUCCUUUCUAGAAUAUCUGAGCACAGCACCUAGUAUGCUAUGGGGAGAGAACAAUCGUGGUUAUGUUUAUUAAAGAGGCAAAUGUCAAUUGUGACGGGAUGGAAUUUCCAGUCUCCUGUACCAAAGUCAGAUACACAUCUGCCCAUCCACCACCCCAACCUCCACACCCUUUCUUUUUUGAGUAGCUGCAUAAAGGACACACUACUUCCUGCAUUGGCACUGAACAUUGGCAUUUGAUGUUAAUCGUACGGUGGUAAUUGUCCAAUAUGGACACAAUUCCUUGGGAUACUGGACUAGAGGCGACACAGAUAGAAAGGGGGCGACAUAGUCAUACAUUUUAAAACUUUUCAAAUUGUAGCUUUAAAAAAAAGAAAGGAAAUUGACAUGCUGAAAUGUCAUCACUGGUUUACCAAGACUGGUUAUGACUCAAUGCAAACUCAAAGUACCUUUGUUUGGAAAUGUUUAAUAUCAGUGAUAAUAUGGCAGUAUAUCACAGAUGAAGCAUAAUGCUGUUUUGUGGUGAGAUGAUUUUUGAUUUUGUAACAGAGGUAGAUAAGAGACUAAAUGUCAUUUAAGUAAAAUUUGUCAUUUGAAAUGCCAGUCUCUAAUGCUAAUAUUUGAAAUGUUUCUGUUAUUCAGUGCACAUAGCCAAAUGGUUGACAUAAAAAAAAUCUGUGUACCCUUUAAAAGUUCAGUGUAUGUUUUUACCAAAUAUAUUCUUCCUGCUAAAAACGCUUAUUUUAAAAAUCUUAUCUCUGCUAUCAUACCAUCCGUGGGUACAUAUCAGAACACGCAAGUCAUAAUUGACACGUCACUAUUACUGUGAAUUAAAUAGAGUAGGCCUAAAUUUUAUAUUUUUUCCUCCAGUGGAAUUUUAUGUUAAGGUUGCAAGUUAGUAUCUAUUAUAUAGGUUGGUGUUUGUUAUGUUGAUUGUAUGUUAUGUUGUCAUAUGCAGCUGUCUUUUACGCAAAAUUGCAUGUAAGCUGUUAUCUCCAGAAAUGUCAUAGAAACUCACAGUGCUAACAUUUUGUAAAUAACUUUAUUGGAUGUCAGGUUUUCUUACUUCAAUUUUGCAUUUCUUUCAGGAAACAGACAAGUAGGACUGUUAAUAAAUGAAAUGGAUGGGUUUUGUUGAA